CACAAGAAAGGAAACAGAGACUCAUGCAGAGAGCUUGGUUUCCUAGCACCAGGCCAGCUUCCUCCUCACCCCCACCUUGCCAUAUGUAGGAGGCCACAUGAGGAAUGGGACAGCCAGGACUCUGUGCAGGGCUCUGACUUACACAGCCACCCUUCAAGAUCACCCCACACUCUAAGGAACAUUUGUAUCGUACCUUUCUCUGCAAACUAGGGUCUGCUCGUCUUGGGGGGAGGCAGUAAUAACAAGACAUAACUUCCUUGUCAGUAUUUCUUCCUAAAAUGUUUCGAUUUAUGUUAUGUUUUAUCAUCAAGCAAUAGUUAUGUGCUAUUAUUGGCUUAAAAUUAAGCUUAGAAGAUUUUUUAACAUCUUGUUCCCUGUUGGAGUGGAUUUAUUCUCUGAUUAUUUCUCUCUGAGGUAAUUCUGUCCUGAUUCUGUUCUAUUAGAGAAAUGGGACUAUUGUUUGUCCAUCCUUGGAGUGGUUAUGCACAUAGGCUACAAAACAAGGGACUUUAAUUUGCGUAAUGGGUUAGCGCUGUAGGCCUACAAGUACUAUGCCCUCAGAAGGAAAGUCCUUCUGGCUUGCAUUAUGCAUCUUGAGCAAUUUGUAAGCUCACAUUACAAGCAAUUAGGUAAUAUAUUUAUAUGUUUAGGAUUUCUCACAAGCUAAAAAAUCCUUUUUUGAAAUGAUUUAAUAGCUAUAAGAAAUCAUAAAAGUGGGACAGAGUUCCAAGACUCCUUUCGGCCAGGGCCCUGCAGUCCUCACUGUGUAUGGUCAACAUGUCAAGUCCACGUGUUGCAAUACUGUUAAGUCAGACUUUCUUGGGAUUUUACAUCACUGUACUUUACUUUGUGUGUGUGUGUGUGUGUGUGUGUGUGUGUGUGUGUGUGUGUGUAUGGCUGUGUGGUAUUUACCACACGUGGAUUUGUAGCUAAAGCUCAAGUAAUCAGCAUAUGAAGUUGUCACCUAGGAAACUCCACUAAUCUCUAACAAUUAGCAUUCUCCUCUUAAGGUUUUGCUUAGGAUUUGUUAUUAGGAUGUGAAAAUAGCAAUCUCAAAAGGUAUAGAUUUUGGGAAGAGCAUUAGUUUUGACCCCGUCCAUAAUGAUAAAUUCCAAUCGAAUGAGAUGGAAAAAAUGGAAAAAUCAAUACUAAAGUUGUAAGCAUACCCAUAAUCUAUGUCAGGUUCAGUCAAGUCAACUGUGUGGGCAAGAAGUAAGAGUUGACAUUUAUUUAGUUACAUUUGAAUUUCAAACUGAUUCAUCACCAAUUUUUAAAGAAUCCUGAUUGGAUGAUGUUAGUGCCUUUGCCAAGAUUUAAGUGGGCGUUUCUCUGCUCUGUUCCAUUUACUUACAGUUCCCUCCUUCUGCUCACAGCUCACCAACCUGACCUUAUAGUAAGACUUUGAGUUGGGUGCUAUAAGUCUCCCAAUUUAUAUUUUAGAAUCAUUUUCAGUUCUUUGGAUCAUUUGAUUUUUCCUAUAUAACAUUUAUAAUCAAUUUAUCAACAUCAACAAAAGCUUCCCAGGAUGUUUGCCUAGCAUGCAUGAAGCCCUGACUGUGCUCUCCAGCACUGCUGGGCAUGGUGGCACACACUUGAAAUCCCAGCACUUGGGAGGCAGAGGUGAGAGCAUCCAGAGUCCAAAAUCACCUUCAACUGCACAGCUGAGCUCAGGGUCAGCCUGGCCUAUAGGAGACCAUGUCUAAAUGUCCGCAGGCAUCUUUGUCACUCAUGUGUGCUGCUGAUGGCCAAAAUCCUUACAGAGGAAGCCAAACACCAUGUCAGUGGCAACAGAACGGUUGAACCUUUCCCAGAGGGAACACAGAUGGCUGUAUUUGGAAUGGGCUGCUUCUGGGGAGCUGAGCGCAAGUUCUGGGUCUUGAAAGGAGUGUACUCAACCCAAGUGGGCUUUGCAGGAGGCCACACACGCAAUCCCACCUACAAAGAGGUCUGCUCAGAAAAAACUGGCCACGCCGAAGUCGUCCGGGUUGUGUACCGGCCAGAGCACAUCAGCUUUGAGGAACUGCUCAAGGUCUUCUGGGAGAAUCACGACCCGACCCAAGGCAUGCGCCAAGGCAAUGACUUUGGUACACAGUACCGGUCAGCAGUCUAUCCCACAUCCGCCGUGCAGAUGGAAGCAGCCCUGAGAUCCAAGGAAGAAUACCAAAAGGUUCUUUCAAAGCAUAACUUUGGCCCCAUCACCACCGACAUCCGAGAGGGACAAGUGUUCUACUAUGCCGAAGACUACCACCAGCAAUACCUGAGCAAGAACCCAGACGGCUACUGUGGCCUCGGGGGUACUGGAGUUUCCUGCCCGAUGGCCAUUAAAAAAUAAUUUCUCUCCACGAAGCUGUCCCUGAAGGUUCCAUCAACACCAUGAUUGCUGGAUGGAGUGGCACUGCUGUGAUUCACAUCUGUCACUUUAUGCAAAGCACACACACCACACGGACCUUUACAUGAAUCUGGUUGUUAUUGGGGUUUGAUUUCCAGAGAGUAGCAUGACAAGGUGAUACACUGUAAUCUGCCUUCUGAUCAGUCCGGGUGGGGACAAAUCAUGACAUUUUAGUGGAUUGUUUGGAUCUGCUCAGACUGGAAGGAUGCUGAGGGUUCUGAAGCAGGGGGAUGGCCAGGAGAGCACAGGGUACUGGGACCCCUUGGUCUGUGCUGACAUACCUCACCCACUUCCCUGCCCUCGGGUGCCCAAUUCAUUAGUGUCUACAGAUCCCAUGAAUCAUUUGCCAAAUCGCUUUGCUCUGCUGGCUCUAGAUGUGUACUAGGGGUUUCUCUCCCCCUCCAUCCUCUCUGCAGAGAAAAGACAGGAGUGACCUUAAUGAAUUCUAACAUUCUGCUUACAGCUAUGAUAAAGCUUGUUCUAAUAAAAAUCUGCAGUUUGGUAAUAGCAA